AUGUCGACAUCCGAUCCGCUCCACCCUCCAGACUCGAGUACAAAAGAAGUCGAACUCGUCGAACUUGUCGUGGUUGACACUGUCACGAGCGAACCGCAUUCCCUGUCCGAGAAACGCACAGAUCAACUAUCGGCCUCGUCCGCUUCCUCCCGACCUCGAACUCGUCCUGAGCGCCAUCGCUCCCUGUACGCGCGGUUCUACGCCAGCCUGUCCCCCUACUCCAGCUUCGUCGUUGCGGCGCUCCUCAUCGCUCUCCUGUCCAUCGUCGUCGGACUGAAAGCCUCGCCCCGAUUCGCCAGCUUCGCUUCUGACCAUCUCGAGAAAAUGGCCUCUGCUUCUGCCACCGUCUCUCCCUCUGCUCCGCCUGCUGGCGCGACUGAGCCCGUUGCUGUCGCCUCAUCAGCUCCUGCCAAGGAGGUGACCACGCCUUCGGUCGCUACCUCCUCCUCUGCUGCUACCACCUCGACCGCCCCGACAACCACCUCGACGUCUGCUGAGAAGCCCGCCGAGGAGCCGUUUCAGUUCAAGGGCAACUUCAAGGAGUGGAACCGGCUAGCGGACGGAAUGGACCGGUUCCACAAUCACUUCCGCUGGGAGUACAAGAACGUGUACGACAAUGCGCUGGGCGGAUACGCCAAGAAGCGUGGACAGAACCUGCAGCGCUUCCUGCGCGAGGCAGAGCAGCUCGCCCACCACCUCGACAUGCACCACCGGAUUGAGGAGGCGUACAUCUUCCCGUUGCUCGCCAAGAAGAUGCCCCAGUUUAAGGACGGCGGGCGCGACAAGGGCGAGCACAUCAAGGCGCACAAGGGCAUCCACGACGGCCUCGAGCGAUAUCAGGCCUACAUCAACCAGGCCAAGGCUGAUCCGGACGGUUACGAUGGAGAGAAGCUCAGGAAGAUCAUGGACUCGUUCCACGACGUGCUCUUCAACCACCUCGAUCAGGAGGUUGAGGACCUCGGAGCGCACAGCGUUCAGAAGGCCGGAUUCACGCUCGACGAGCUCAAGCGCUUCCCCAUGUAA